AUGUCGAACCAGAAUACCAUGUCCAUCGCCAUGGCCAACCGGUCCCUACGGAACAUCAGAACUGAACUCGAAUUUCUUGCCGACUCCUCCGUCAUUACUCCUGCACAGUUAUCAUCUAUCCUCGAACAGCUACCCAGCCAGACGCAGCUGCACGCCCCAGUCGCGGAGACCUCAUACUCGCCCCCAGCUGCCCAGCUAUCCAGGGUCAAUCUGAACGAGAAGUCCGAAAGUUCAUACUCGAGCCCACCUCCGCCUCCAACGUACUCUUCCGCUCCUCCAGUCCUGUCUCUUGCUUCAGCUCUAUACGCCUACACGCCAACUGAUGCUGGAGACUUGGCACUGCAGCCUAACGAUCGCAUCCAGGUACUGGAGCAUAUGAACAACGACUGGUGGCGUGGCAGAAACGAGCGGACACACCUUGAGGGUAUUUUCCCACGGACAUACGUCAGCGUAACAGAGGAAAAACCCAUCAUCCACUCUCCCCAACCCAUCAGCUACAACAACAUGCCCCUAGAGAUAUCCCAGUCUGGCACAUCGUCGCAUGGAAAGGUACCAAGCAAGUUUGAAGAAAACGGCAAGAAGUUCGGCAAGAAGAUGGGUAAUGCAGCUAUUUUCGGUGCUGGCGCCACCAUCGGCUCAAAUAUCGUUAACGGCAUCUUCUAA